AUGUCAACAGACGGUAGCAACGGCCAGACGGCGGAAGCCGGCUCUGGCCUGGAGUCACUUUUGGCUCAGCUGCGUCGCAAGUCGAACCAGGACACCGCAGGCUCUGCUGAAGUGCCACAGACGCAUGACACCUUAGCUCAAGUGUCCACCUUCCGCCCUUCCAACGAGCUGUACUAUCCGCAGGAGCGGUCGGACUCGCCCAGUGCUCCUCCAUCCUUUGCUGCACCACAGCCUCCAAUGCACAUCCCCCAGGGUGUCUCCAAUUCUCUUCUUCCUUCUGCACCGACCCCUCCAGUCGGUGGAUUUCCUAAUGCUCAGUUCCCACCGUUCCUGUCUUCUAUUGGCUCGGGACGGCCCAACAACGAGCGGGCGACUAGCUCUCACCUGCUCAACCUUCUCAAGUUCAGCGGACAACACAAUGCUUCCAGCACCCUCACCCAGUCUCCCGCGGUACCCUAUAGCGCGGAUCCUCGCGAGCCCGACGUCCGGCACCCGGUCACGUCGCUCCCUUCCAGCAUGAUCCACGCGCCUGCCCCGGCGCCAUCUGACCCUUCCGGUCUUCUCGCCGCCCUUAUGCAGGGUGCCCUGAAGGAUGAGCCGCCCAAGGCGGAGCCGCCAGCACCCGGCUCGGCGUCGUGGUCGUCUACUUCGCAGUCGAAUGAGACGCAGCAGUACCUGCUAAACCUGCUGAACCGGCCGAAGCCCAGCCAGUCGAAUGACACCUUUUCGACCGAGACAUACAACUCCAACGGGGCGUCGCCCUUGUCCGGUGGUGGAGAUACCCAGAACAGCCAGCGAAGUGCUUUCCAUUCAUUUACAGAACCCGGUGUCACGUCUGCUGAAAAUGCGGCGUCGUCUGCUCCUGUCGUGCCUGGCAAGUUCUUGGAGUCUCCGGUCCCGUCGACCACAGACAGCGUUACGUCUAAGCUGCCGACAGCCACGUCGUCGACGACGACUCCUCUUUUCCACCACCAUGACCCUUUUGAUGGUCUUGGUGUCUCAACACCCGCCAGUCAUGCCUCCAGAUCUUCAGUUACACCUGGUGCCUCUGGCUACGUUCAUCCCACCCCACCUCAGCCCCAGCCACCUCAGCACCAGCCAGUGGCAGCCGCUGCAGUGCAGAUUCUGAAGAAGCCUACGCCGCAGCAGAUUGCAGUUGAAAACAAAGCACAGGCCAACAUUCUGGAGUCUUUCCUCUCAAAGCCCAACACAGCUGGCUCUCCGUCCCCAGGCAAUGCGAUGUCCUUUGAGAGUGCAGAGAAUGAUCCCAAAGACGUCGAUGUCACCGAUGCCGAGGACCAGCAGAAACAGUCUGUGGACAGUGAAGACGGCACGGCCGUUAACGGCGAUGAUGUCAGCGAGAUUGAAGGCGGCAAGAAGCUCAUCGAGGCGGACGAGAAGGAAAAUGAUCAGAGCCAGGAUGCUGAUGCGUCUUCGGAUCCGGUUAAAGAGACUCCCGAGGCUGACAAUGAGGCUGGCCAGGCUGCCGUGGCCGACUGCUGGGAGAGUGCCGAUGCGGACGGAGACGAGGCUAUUGUUGUCGAAGAAGCCCCUGCCCUCGUCAAGGUUUACAAUUUCCCUAUGAAGCCAUGGAUCUCGAUCGAAGUGCAGGACGAUGACAGGGAAAUGCGCCCCACGUUUCACGAGGACUCCAUCCUGGACAUUGCGCGGCUCAAGAAGGAGUUCGACCAGAUUGAUAGGAACUUGGUUGCUGCCUCGGAGAACUACAUGGCUUAUGGCAUGUCCAAGGCCGGCGGUCUUCGCGUCAUCCGGCAGUCGGACGGGAGAGACGCGAAGCUCUUUACCGACACGAAGGACCGAAUUUUCAACGUCGCUAUGUCGUGCAGCAAUCCGGAUGAGGGGGCCGUUCCGAAGGACUCCAUCAUCGGUACAGGUAUCAGUGGCACGGUGUACUGGGUCCAGGUCCGCGAUGGUGACAAGGAUCAUCUCGAGUAUGCCCACCCGGAGCUGUAUGGCUUUGCCCUUCCGCCGAUUGCGUCGCACGAGGGAGAUGCGCCGGGAGGUGUUCUCAAGACUCGGGCUCGCACCUCUUCCAAUCACCCGGAAUAUUUUGCCGUCGGCCGGGGCAAGUCGAUCAACGUUGUGUGGCCAAGCUACAUAAUGAAGAACAACCUGUUCAAGCCGGGUCAUGACCGUGUUGUCGACACGGAGAAGCUGGCGAAGCAGUGCUCGCUGAAGAUCAACACUGGCAAGGCCGGGAAGGACUUCACAUUCAGCCAGGACGACACCGUCGUCGUGUCUCUCGACAAGUCUGGCAAGGUCAAGUUCUGGGACGUCCGGGACCUUACUGCCACCAAGGAAGGGUCCGACCCGCGGAACCCGCUGCCGGCAAACACGUUUAUGGAGGUUGCCGAGCCUCUCAUGACGCUCACGACCACGCCCGAGGGCGAGAAGGCGUGGCCAACAUCUGUUCUUCUGCUGGAUAAGCUGAGGCCGUACCAGAAGGGCUGUGCUCUACGGUACAUGAUUGUGGGCAUGAAGCAGAACCACACGCUGCAGCUGUGGGAUCUUGCGCUCGCCAAGCCGGUGCAAGAAUUUAAUCUGCCUCACGGCAAGGAGUCGGAUGCAGUAUGCAGCGUCAUGUAUCAUCCCCCCACGGGUAUGAUCGUGGUUGGACACCCGACCAGAAACUCGGUAUACUUCCUUCACCUGUCGGCGCCCAAGUACGCAAUGAGGAGCUUGUCGCAGGUUGAUUACAUCCAGCGGCUCACGGCCCACGACACGACAAUUCCGCAGCCGGAGUCGACGGCUGUCAUCAGCGGGUUGCGCGAGUACUCGCUGACCAGCCGGGGAUUGCUGCGCAGUCUGGAUAUUCUCCAGAACCCGGCUUCCAACACGGAGGGAGACGACCCGACGCUGUUUGAGCUGUAUGCCAUGCAUUCCAAGGGUGUCAGCUGCAUCUUUAUUCGGCAGGGCGAGCUUGGGUGGACGAAGGACAACAAGGUCAUGAACCCGGUGGAUGCUGUGGAGUCUGGCAAAGUUAAGAUCGGAAGACUCAAGUCGCCACAGCAGCCGAUGCUUUCCGCCGAAACCAACGGGACAGAUGCAACGGCCACGGCGCCGGCCUCGGCCACGACCACGCCGGCGCCCCAGCCAGUGCCGCGGGUGAUUGCGUCGCGUGCCAACGCUAAACAGCUGCUGCAAAACAACAGCCCGACGCCGCAAGCACAAGAUGCGGGUCGCAAGCAGGCCGAUGCCACUGCACUAGCGUUGGACCUGAAGACUGCUGAAGCCAAGGAAGAGGACGCGAAUGUAGGAGGCACUAGCUCUGCGCACAAAACCGAAAAGAAGCCCCGGAAGAAGAAGUCGCCGGCGACGGGCGCAACGGGACCAUCUUUGGCCGUUGCUGCUUCGGCAGACCGCGAUGCCCUUGCCGGGAGCAGCAGCCUGUCCCACGGGCAGGCGCCGGCGAAGACAUCAGAGGCAACGAGGGGCGCUCCUCCGUCGCCAGCUCCGACGGUUGGCAAUGGGGCGAUCGACUUGCGCAUCAAUGCGAUGGAGGCGCGGAUCUGCGACCUGGUGUCUAGCUCGGUACACACGGGAUACGAAGACAUUAAGAAGAAUGUCAAUCAACAGUUCCGGUCCCGGGAUGCUGAUUUCGAGCAGAAGCAGCGGAAGCUGCUGGAGCUAGUGUCGGAUGUGCUGAACAAGAACACGGAGCAAGUUCUGAGCAAGAUCGUGCGGGAGGAGUUUGACAAGCGGGUGGUUCCAUCUCUGCGGGACAAUGUGGUGCAGUCGAUCACGGAGAACCUGGGCGGCAAGAUCAACAACCAGGUUUCGACCGUGCUGCAGAGGGAGCUGCAAAAGUCCCUUCCAGCCCAUGUGUCCAGCAGUCUCCGCAGCCAGGAGGUGUCCAAGGCUAUCAGCGACAAAGUUGUGGUGGCGGUUUCGCGCGAGGUGGAUGAGCAGAUCAACCGGGUGGUGUCGAACCAGGUCAUUCCGGCGAUCUCGAACGUGUCCGCGCAGGCUGUGCGGGAUGUGGCCCACAACCUGCACCAGAGGGUGUCUGAGCGGUUUGCCGAGCUGGAGCAGCUGCAGCUGGUGCAGGAGAGCAAGAUGGACUCGCUGACAUCGCUGUUGACUCGGCUGUCGGAGACCAUCUCAACGAUGGCGACGGCACAGACGCAGUACCAGAGCCAGCUGCUGAAGAUGCAAGAGCGGUUCCAGAACCAGGCACCGUUUCCGGCUCACCCGUCGCAGCAGCAGUACCACGGCCAUGGCCCGCAGCUGCAGCACCGAGGUUUCGACAGCGGAGCCAGCAGCCUUUACCACAGCCCGACGGGUCGGGUAGUCAGCCAGAUCGCGGCAUCAGGCACGUCUCCGUCGCAGCACUCCAGCUCGAGCCAACCACAUCCGAAGGUGCCGCAGUCGCAACAGUCGCAACAGUCACAACAGUCGCAACAGGGGCAACAGUCGCAGCCCCGUGUGCUGUACGCACCGAAGUCGCAGGAAGAGCGCGAGCGAGCCGAGCUCGAGCAGGUGGCAGCGGUUAUCGAGGACCUGCUGAACGCUGGCAAGUACGAUGACGCGAUGAUGCGCUGGCUGCAGAGCAACGACAAGGAGGAGAAGCUGUUCCGCAUGGUGCUCGUACACCAGCCGCCCGACAUUAUCAACAACUUGCAGCCGCUGCUGCUCCUAUCGGUGGGCACGACGGUGACGCAGGAUCUGGAGGGGCCGCUGUUGCCGGAAAAGCUUUCGUGGGUCGAGUUGGUGGUUCUGAAUCUUUACCAGGUUGCGAACCAGCUGGACGACCAGACGCGCGAGAUCACGCCGACGGUGCUGGCACACAUCCGGGCUCGCCUGGAGUCCAUUCUCGGCAGGCUUCCUCUCGGCGACCAGAACGCAAAGAACGUGGGGCAGAUGAUUACGAUCAUCAACCGGAUCAUGGACGUGGCUCAAUCGUGA